CUUCGUAACUACAUCUUCUUCCCUUUGAGUCUUUGUACGAGUAUAGAAACAAUGUGCUGGAGCCCCCCAAAAGCCACCUCCUUAGCUUCCAACUAUAAUACCAACGAACUGUAUAGUACAUGUUUAUUCUUACCGAUAUACUACCUUAAUUCUAAUAGAUCGUCGUUACUGCUUGGAAUCCUUGAUUCGCCUGGAUGAUCCAAGCAUGUGGAUAGCCCAUCAAGAACGGCAAGGACGAUAAUAACAUACUCGACAAGAACGAAUCAGGGACUUCCUAGAUGAGAGCCAAGCUGCCUAUAAGAACUCUGACGCUAUUUCUCCGUGUAUACUUCCUCUACUGCCUUUGGACAACCGCCGACCUAGACCAAUUAUGUGAACAUCUUCACAGCCUAUAUCCCAAUUGACGACUUCCGUAUUUACUUGCGGAGAUAUCAUAUAUUCAGCUCGGAACCCCUUCCCCUUUGAUCGGACUUAUUACUUCAUCAUUGGGGUAAACAAACGUAAACAGGAAACAAGGGAAUAAUAAACAAUACGAGUUUGUGAACUCAAUUUCACCGGCUUGGCCAGGCUGUGUUUACAACAUUUCAUUGUUUUUGCCUCUAGAAGAACUAGAAGAAGUCAAAACUACAAUGGUCAAAACGUUAGUUGAUCUGUGCACUACUGUGUGUAUCAAAAAUGUCAAAGACAUCACCGAUGUAGGCAGCGCGCCUUACUCGAUUCUUCGUCCGAUCCUUCUGAAGAUCGACAAUGCCGCGCAACUACGAGAAGUGGAGGAGAGAUCUCCUCAUAUCCAGGGCGAUGAUGCCGAAUGUUGGCAGCGUCUCAUCAACCGCCAUUUCCCUCGCCAAGUAAAGAAGCACAACUUCGAACCACGCAACCCUACCCUGUGGCACAAAGUCUACGACAAAUACAAGAAGAUCGAAGUUGAGGAGAAGCGCAUUGCAUUGGAGAAACUGACUUCUAGCCUGAAGACCAUUGAGAAGGAGAAAGAGGAGAAGGCCAGUAAGCUUAUCAAUUAUGACGCAAAGCUCCUUGGUCCCGCCCCGGGCCGUCGCAGAGGCGUGGGUGGACGAGAGGUUGCUGGUGCAGGCGGCCUCCGAUGGGGCGGCGGAUCGCGAACUAAGACAACAUCGGCUCAGAGUAUCAUGCAGAAGGCUAGACGAGAAGCGGCCGAAAUCUGUCGCCGAAACAAGCUCAUGACUCCCACCGGCCAACUGCCGGUUCGACGGGGGCAGAUCGUCCAAGCUCCGCUUGGUAUGCGAGAGGAACAUCGGAUCAAGACACUUCCUACUAUGCCUACUCCGAGAAAAAUUCAAGCGCCCCAGUCGCGUACCGGAGAGCGCUGGGAGCGAGAACAGAAGGAACGCGAGGCUCGAUUGCUCAAAUUGAAGAAUGGAACUACUACAAAGAAAGCUACUAUUAUAUCGGACGACGAGUUUGAUGAAGACGAUCAGUUCGACGACGACGGUGAGACCCAGGAAGGAGGUGGUUUGAACGUUGAAGAGUUGGAGGACCUCUUUGACGAUGACACACCUUCUACAUCUAAUGCCCCUAAGGCUACCAAGAGUGCUGCGGUGCCUUCUCAAAACAAGCCCUCACCGCUCCCUAGCUCUAGUUCUACUCGUGCAUCUGGUUCAUCCGGUCUCGCUGGGAUGAAGAUGGGUCACUCCUGGAAGAACAACCCUGUGAGAACUGUUCCCGUCGAGUCGCCUGCGCAAAAGACAGCUUCCAGGUCAUCAGCAUCUUCUCCGCCGGCGGCCAAACAUACGGCAGCUUCUCCCCCUCCACGACCUUCGAUGCCAUCGAAGGCAUCCUCCUCACACCCUCCAGCGGGGGGCUCUACCUAUACGGGCACCAGUAUCUCAAGCACCGACCCUAAGCCCAAGCCCAAGCCUAUACUUGGACAGAAGCGAAAGGAUCCUCCUAGCAUCUUCAUGAAACCAAAGCCGAAGGCCCGACGAAUGUCCUAAAGGUCAUGGCGUCUAGCGCAGGUCCUAGACUACUCGUUAGGCACAUGCAAGAUUCUAUCUAUUAAUACGCGAAAUUGCUAAGCAACCAACUCAGGCAAACUUAUUCUACGACGCCUUCAAGACUUUCUCUUCUUUUCAACUACUUCUAAAAUCGGUUUAAUCUCGAGGGAUUCUUUACUAUAGGGUGGGCAUACCGACAAUACCGGAUCUUUCUCUCUGCACAGCGUUUUUUUCUAUUUCCCUUGCGAGGGCCCGUUGAUUCACAUAUGGCGUUAGGGGAUAUGUCAUUUGCAAGGAGCAGGGUUGUGUUGCGGAUUUGCUCCUCUUAUUUCAAGGAGGGGAACGGAGAAGGCCAGUUAUUAGAUAUGACAUUGAUGUCUAUCAUCUCUUGAUAUUACGGCGUCCUGCCAGUAUGCAUAUGGCUCGGUAGUAGGAGGAUGGAUACCUUAUACUGCAGAAAGUGGUGGAUGAGACAUGCUGCGUUUGCAUUUAGUCUGCGCCACAGACUAUAGAUAGGCACUGAUUUCAAUGAAAUGCAUUGGGUUAUAAAA